AGUAGCACUGAAAUGUUUGUGUUUACAUCAUACUAUGAGUAAAAAUGAUUUGUGUUGUGGUUGAAACACACUUGUCCCAGUCAUCACUGUCUGAGCAGAAACCCAGCAGUGGGCAGUCAGGUGUACAGCUCAGCCCCGCCUCCCUGCUUUUUGUUGCCAAUGGUAACCAAGGGGGGGAGGGUCACCUGACUGGAAAAGCCUGUCUGAGAGCCUUUGUCCUGCCUUAGCAACGUCUUACAGGAGGGCAGCUGAGCACCGGGCUUUCGUGGCAGUCUGACGUGUUCCUUCAUUGCCUUUAUUUGCCGCUCUAGGACUGUGGUGACGUCUUUCUCUGGUAGCAGUGCUUCAUUGUGGCCUCUCUUUAUAAACUCUCCUGUGUGGCAGAAAAGUAGAUCUCCUGGCUGUCUGUGAAAUUCUUUAAGUAGUUGGGGUGAAAUGUUGAAUUUUAAAAACAUCCAUCUGUUAAGCUUAGCAAGGAUAAUGGUAGAAAGUGUAUCCUGCUUGCCUCACUGAAUGAACACACACACAGUCCUCGCUCACCUAGAUCACAGGGGGACAAAGGCUCAGAGUGACAUCACUGGCUUAAUGGAUCCCUGGGGGCCGACAGGCUAAUUCGACGAGAGUAGAACGGAGACGCAAGGCAUUACCAGUAGAUGACAGAAAGCCUAUCAGGUUUUAAUGAGCUGGAAGCGUCUCUGUCUCCUGGGACUCUGCCAUCGAUUUGUUGUCCUGAGCUCCAUUCAGGCAUAGCCACAGUUAGUAACGUGGCCCAGCGCUACCAGCUCACACCAAACGAGUGGGAUCGGAGGGGGAAGGAUAGUGCAAACAAGCGAGUGGAAGAGAAGAGUAGUAGUGUGCACGCGCGCGCACACACGCAGGAGGAGGUGGGAUCCCUAAUCCAUCAUCGCCUCCUGCUUGUGUCCCAUGGUGCUGCGCUGCUGCUACUGCGGCAGCAGAGUCCUGCUGGGGUGUGUCGGCGCAGGCCCCUCGGCCCCUCCCUCAUCCUCCGCGUGCUCUGCUUCUCUUUCUGAUCUCCCCUCCCUUGAGCCGGACCAUCGCCAUCAUGACAGCGGCGAGUGUUUGAACCGCCGAUCGGGGCACCUCGGGAACAGCAGCGUUCAUGGAAUAUGAAACUAGAAGUGGACGGCCUGGAAACCCCCCUUCCCCCAAGCAGAGCGUGAGGAAGAACCUGGACUUUGAGCCACUGUCCACCACAGCGCUUAUCCUGGAGGAUCGGCCAGCGAACCUCCCAGCCAAGCCGGCCGAAGAGGCACAGAAGCACAGGCAGCAGUAUGAGGAGAUGGUGGCUCAGGCCAAAAAAAGAGAGCUGAAGGAAGCCCAGAAGAGGCGCAAGCAGCUGGAGGAUCGGUGCAAGUUGGAGGACAGCAUUGGCAAUGCAGCGCUCGUCUGGAGUCAGGAAAUCCUGCCCAACUGGGAGACCAUGUGUACAUCUCGGCGGGUUCGGGAGCUCUGGUGGCAGGGUGUGCCCCCCAGCGUCCGUGGAAAAGUGUGGAGCCUUGCUGUGGGUAACGAGCUCAACAUCACCCAUGAGCUCUUUAACAUCUGUCUGGCGAGGGCUAAAGAGAAGUGGAAAUGCAUGCCGAUAUCAGACCCAGAGGCAGACAGUGAUGGACUGUCCUUGGCAGACAAAGAGGCUAGUCUGGAGCUCAUCAAACUUGACAUCUCCAGAACAUUUCCCAACCUGUGUAUCUUCCAGCAGGGGGGGCCCUACCAUGAUGUGCUGCACAGCAUCUUAGGAGCCUACACCUGCUACAGGCCGGAUGUGGGAUAUGUACAGGGCAUGUCUUUCAUUGCAGCUGUGUUGAUCCUUAACCUGGACACAGCAGAUGCCUUUAUUGCUUUCGCCAACUUGCUCAACAAACCCUGUCAGAUGGCUUUCUUCAGAGUGGACCACAGCCUUAUGUUGACUUACUUUGCGGCUUUUGAAGUUUUCUUCGAAGAAAAUCUACCAAAGCUAUUUGCACAUUUCAAAAAGAACAACUUAACUCCAGAUAUCUAUUUAAUCGAUUGGAUCUUCACACUCUACAGCAAGUCCCUCCCGCUGGACCUGGCAUGCCGGGUAUGGGACGUGUUCUGUCGGGAUGGCGAGGAGUUCCUGUUUCGCACAGCACUGGGUGUCUUGAAGCUCUACGAGGACAUCCUGACCAAGAUGGACUUUAUCCACAAUGCCCAGUUCCUUACACGGCUGCCUGAGGACAUCUCUGCCGAUGAGCUCUUCUCUGCCAUCGGCAGCAUCCAGAUGCACAGCAAGAACAGGAAAUGGGCCCAGGUUCUUCAAAUGUUGCAGAAGGAGCAGGAGAAAGGCAGUCCAGUGUUGAAGCGCUGAGAUCCUGGGUCCUGCACACAUACACACGUGUAUUUACUGCUCUAUAUUCACUAUAAUUGUACCAGAAGUUGUAUUUUAAAAAUACAAAUACAGUAAUAUUUUUAAAAGGCCAUUUACAUGGCCUGCACCUUUUGCUGGAAAAACAAAGGUCCUGUGCAGAGGCAUCAGGUUCCCGGCCCCCGAAUCAGUCCAGUCCAGCUGGAUCAAAGAGCUGCAAGUGCUCCUUGUGGGCCGAGGGCCCUCCAGCGGAACAUCGAGUGUCCAAGGAUCGAAGCCUUAAAACCCACAACUACUCCGGUUUGCUGUCCCCCGUGACCAGAGCAGAUGAACCAGGACACCAACAAAUGUAGGCGCCGUUCUUCCAGAAUCAGGGUUUCUUCUGCAUUUAGCAGCUGUCCAGUCGCUGCUGGUUCCCAACAUGAACUGUCUUUCCUGCGGGACCCCAGAAGUCGUACGUGACGCAGAUGCACCAUCAGCACGCUGUAAUUCAUUAUUGUUGUUUUUUGUGUUUGACAUGCUUUAAGCACUUGUUUGCUCCUCUUUGAGCCUUUAGCUCUAUGAUGAUCUGUUCUACUGUCCUGUUUUCUUUGCUCUUUUUUUUAGAUUUGCAAACCAGCUGUAGUGUUUUCUGUUAAUUUUUGUGUUUCAGGUUUGUCUUUUUCUACCUCUGAUCGAUUCUCUGCUCCUGUAGCACUACAGACACAGCACUGGUCUCCACAAAGUGAAGGUUUUCUGUACAUUUCCUCUCUUGCUUGUUCUUGUGUGUUUAACUUCAUCUCUGUAAAUGUGUCCUGCUGUUUUGAAAUUGGGUUUUACCCGAGUUCCAUUGUAGCACUUUGCAGACUUGAGUCGGAAACACUGGCGGUGUGCGUGUGCGCGUGCGCGCGUGUGCGUGUGCGCGCGGCCACCAAUUUCAGUGUGCAACAGAAGAAAUGGACGAAUGUGUGCUCAUGGAGCCCCUUUGAACUGAACUGCAAAGGAUGAAGCAAACAAUCUGCGAUGCAGCCCCUCCCCCACGGGUGCAGCAUCUUUUACUCAUUUACCGUGUUUAUUCAGUUGGACCAUCCUCUCACAAAGGUACCUUUUGCUCUACUGAUUUCUGGAUGAACUGGCAACAUAAGACACUUUGAAGUGGAGGGGGCUGUGGGUGUCCAGCCCAAACAGUCACCUUGACCAGCAGUGUCCUGCAGCCGCACACACACAUCUUCUCAGUGUUAGAGCUCAGUGCAGUUUUGACUUUGUGACGUCACUGUCAUACCCACCUGUGUAGGAGGCCUCUUUGAGGAGCUCAUACUUACACUGAGCUCGGGGGGGCCUGAUCGUUCUGCAGCACGGCUAUCAAAAGGUCUGUUGCGGUGGCGUUGCUGUGCAGGCUUUGGGUCACGGCCUGAUUUCACACCAAAGUAGGAGAUCCAGAGAACAGGAGGCACUGUGGCCUGUUUCUUUGCAGGUUGUGUGUGUGUGUGUGUGUGUGUGUGUGUG